GGGAGGUGACUCACCGCGCUUUGGCGACGGGUUGCAGCGAUGGCUACACUUUGAGCUUUAGCCAGGCCUGGGACGUGGCCAUGGGGUGGCAAAAUCUGAGCACCUCCUUGCGGCUUUGGGACACCGGCUCCAAGGCGGUGAGUGAGGUGGAAGCUGCUGCCGAGGAGCUUCUUGCCAGCGAUGAUGCAGCGCUCCAGCUCUUUGCAGAAGCCUUGGAUCCGUCGCUGCAGCGGGGCACGGACUUCCUAAAGCGACUGGCUGAGACGGAGGGGGCAAAGUGCAGAUGUGAUGCCGUGUGGUAUGGCGACACGAUUGCUUAUGGGUGCAAGACUUGUGGUCUUUCCUCAGCCAGCUGCAUUUGCGUCUUUUGCUUUGAUGCGGGCGAUCAUGAAGGCCACGAUUUCUACAUCUCCCGCUCAGACUACGGCUGCUGCGAUUGUGGUGAUGCGUACGCUUGGCGCCAAAGCGGCUUUUGCCGGCACCAUCCUGGACCUCGGGAAGAAGUGGAUCCGGCCCAGCUGCUGCCCGAAGCCACUCGCCGACGAGCGCAGCUGUUGAUCCCAGCGCAGGUCCGUCGCCUGGUCAAGUUCCAUCCUAGCGUGCUGCCUGGAGUUGCUCCACCUCCUGUCCCCUGUGGCGACCGGCGGGCAAGUGCAGGCAGUCUGCAAGGCGGGAGCUCAGAGAGUGGAGCAGGCGAUGGGGAGACGCUAUCCAGCGCUAGCCAAGUCGAGACCGAGGGACCACAUCACGUCCUCAUCUCCGGCAUCAACUUGCGGGUCACCGAGGAGGUGCUGCGGGAGUUCAUCGAGGGGAAGCUGUCCCCGGUGGAGGCAUCGCUGCAGUCGCUGGAGCUUCAGCGAGAUCAGGAGACCAAGGCGUCCAAAGGGCGAGCCUAUGCGACCCUCAGCACAGAGGUGGGGAUGCUUGCCCUGGUAGAUGCCAGCGGGGAGGUGCUUCGUGGAAGUCCGCUGCGCGUCCAUGUGGGAGAGGACAUGGCAGUGGCCGAGAAGCACUUGCAGGCCUUGGAAACCAACUUCGAGUGGCUCCUGAGCCUCGGCGGCUUCCAUGACGGCCUCAGAAAGAUCAUCGGUCAGGUCUUCCUGGACAAGAAGGUCAUUGGCCACGGCCAGAAUGCGGUCGAGGUUUUGUUGAGGCACUCGCACUUGAUGGAGCCUUCGGCGCGGAAGCUGGAGACCAACCUCAUGGUGGACCUGAUGCUUGACUUGAACUUCAAGUAUCGCUUCGGCCAGGUGUUUACCGACCUGUACCAAGAGCUGGUGCGUAACAGAGAAGGCAACCAAGAAACCAACGAGCUCGGCGACUUCACGUGCCAGAUUUUCACUCGCCAGGAUGUCACUCUGGAGCUGGUCCAGGAUAAGAACUUGUUGAAGACUUUGCUGGACUGCCUUUGGGACCUGCUUCGUCCCACGCUGUUGAAGGAAGUCCCACCGGUCUUCAACCACGAGUCCAACGUCUUCCGAGAUCACGAGAUCAUCCAGUGCUCCAUGGAUCUUCUCUAUGUCUUGGACCAUGCGAAAGUUGCGCGCGAGAUCAUUUGCACCCCGCUCCGGGGGCAGCUCUGGUCCGGCUGGGUGCGCAUCUUGAUCUCUAUGCAGGCAAUGAAUCCUCAUAAACGCAGACAGGGCACUCACGUGGAGUUUACAACCCCGAACUGGGGGAAUGCCUUGACUUUGCAUACAGACUUGAUGUCAAACACUUGGCUCAUCCUCGAAGCCGUGGAGUCCAAGGCUGACUUGGAGGCUGUGACAGACAUGGCGCAGCUUGCUUGGAGGGAGCUCCGUGCCUGGAUGGUGCAGGUGCACGUGGCAGAGGGGCGAGUUGGUGCUGCGGCAAUGGAGAGCAUAGACUACGAGGUCUCCAAAGGCACAAGCUUUCACGUGCCUGUGAAUCGAGUAUUGGCUCUCCUCAUCCACCAGCUUUGCAUUCGUCCUUCUGAGGAUCUGGAGAAGGCCUUCUCUGCCGUGGGGAUGGCUGCGUCUGACGUCCUUUGGUGGAUGGAGCACCCCUUGCGGUGUUUGGUCCUCCAUUCGCAGGUGAUGAGCGGCAUGUGGCGUAGAAAUGGGGAGGCUCUGGAGCAUGAGUGCGAGUUCUAUCGCAUGAACUACUGGCAUCACCUGCUGAUGGAUGUGGACCUGCUGGUGCUUCGCAUGUCUGCUCUGGUGCUGAGGCCAGAGGAGUUCUUCUCGGCCACCCUGAAGCGGUUUGAGCUCGGCGCGUGGCUCCAGCCUGGUGACCCGCUGAGGUGCCUUUUUGGUGAGCACAUGGAGGAGUUUGCCAUGCAGAAGCUGCAAAGCUUCACCUUGUUUUUGUACCAGCUCCUCAGCUCCAACACACACCUGUCACUGACCUGGUCACAGCUCGUGACCCACACCACAAGGCAGUUCCUGGCGGUGGGGCCCAAGAGCCACUCGCAGCUCUGGGAUCCUCGGCUCGAGCGUUCUACUGCCACCGCCACGACGACGGACCAGCAGACGCUGGAGGCGGCUCUGAGGGAGAUCAGCCACUUCUCCGAGGCCGACGGCAGCGGCCACACCUCCGCCAAGUACAACUUGCGCGAGGACCAGUGGCUCGGGGUCGACCCAUACUUCCACCUUUUCAGCUGGAGCGACCAGCAGAAGGUGGAGGAAAACUUGUCCCACGCGCUGAAGGCGCGCGGCUGGGAUUUGGCGCACUGGGUGGAGCAGUCAGCGCGGCAGCCGAUGCAGGAGGCGUAUCAGCAAAGAUUCCAGCGGUGGUGCUCCAGUGGAAUGGUGCAAGCCUUUUGUUGGCUGCUACUGGUGCGCCUUGCCUUCCAGCCGAAGAAGGAUCACUGCGAGCGACUACUGGUGCUGGGGCUGCUGCUGGCUUUGCGUUCGUUGCGGGCCAGCACAGAGGAGCACGCGGCCUCAAGUGCUACGGGCCCUGGUUCUCAUUGGGAUGGGCAAGCGCAGGCGGAGCUUUCCGACGAAGCGCAGCUGCUUUGGUUGUCGAAGGCAAUGGGUCGGAACUUGGCCGAGUCUGCGGUCCGCAAGUUCCGCAUUCAGGUGGCUGCAGAGUCCACUCUUGAAGUGUCCUUGAUGGAUGCGGUCGAGCGCUUGGCGACAAUGAAAGAAUCCAUGUGUGGCAGCCUGGCGUGCGCGCUUCGGAGCCAGCUGGGAACGGCCAAAGAGGCAUCUCAAGCAGGUUCUGCUUGUGCUGGGAUGGACGUGUCCAGCGGGCACGACCACGAGGACCACAGAGCAAAGCGGCGGAAAGCUGCGCAAGAGCGGCAACAAAGAUUGCUCGACAAUCUGCGCAAGCGCCAAGCAGAAUUCAUCUCCGGCGCGGGACAGAGAUACGAGCAUGUACCGAUACAUAGCCCGCAAACGGCCACCGAGGUUGAGAUGCAGGUAUCGCCCGCAGAAUGCGUGGUCUGCAUGUCACAGGAAGGCGAGGACGACCCGCUCGGCCUUAUUUGCUUCCUGCGACCCGCGGUGGCUUCCUCUUUGCCCCGGCGGCGCGUGCCGGUGGAGCAGGCAGUGCUGCUCCAAGCGCCGCGGGGGCCCGGGGCCUUCAGAUCCAGGCCGCAGUGUUUCGAGCCGACUGCGCCGGAUGGGCUGGUCUUAGCCAGAGCAUGCUCGCACAGGAUGCAUUUCUCAUGUUGGUGGCGAUUCCGGGCAACGUCUCUCAGCGGAGGCCGCCUGUCCUGCCCGUACUGCGGCACUGCGGCCAAUGCCCUACUGCCGGUUGGCGGUGCACAAGGCCCGGGUCUGGAGGAGUCCCCCGCGCCGCGGCGCCACGGGGAGGCAUCAGAUGACUUUGUGGCCUGCCUGGAAGGGCAACUCGGUCGACUGCAAGAUUCGCACUUGCAGCCUCCCGCCUUGGCGCAGGCACUUGGUUUGGGCGCUGCGCCGUCGCACCCUUUCAUGGGUUUGAGCAAGCUGUGCGCAGACAACAUCGCCCUAGCGGAGGUGCGUGCGCGGACCAGAUCUGCGGCAGAGGCAGCUGCCCAUCUCGCUGCCAGAUGUCCGUCUUCCAGCUCCAGCUCGGCAAAGAGACCCCUAGAUGGGACGGUCGCAUCAGCAGCCCACGCCUUGGUGCUACAAGGCAUGGUUGAAGAGGCUCUAGAUGCCGCGCCGCCUUCACAGACAACGAUUCUGUCGCUGGCGUUUAAUGAGGCAUCGGCAGGUGAAUUAGCCCCCUGCCUGCUUUCCGCCACACCUCACAGCCGCUUUCAGAUUCUCACGGCGCUUCUCUGUGCGUGCAGGGCGCGGGGAGGGUGGCAUGCUGCCCGGCGCCUGGUCCACAGCUUCUACUUGCUCGAGGCGAUCAUGGUCUUGACCGCGCUUGCAGAUUUGUCACUCGUGGAGAGCGAGUUGCAGGGCUCCGGAGGCUUCUGGCACUGGGUCCACGAGCUUUCGAUCCAAGGUGCGAGCUCUGGGUUGACUCCGAUCCAAACACUGGAGGAGGCGGCCAAAGUGCUCCGUCUUGCGUUGAAUCCAUUCCUUUACAAGGUGAGACUUUUGCUUCACCUUCUGGCACGAGAGGAAUUCCAGACAGGUGAGAGCUUAUUCACCAGCACGAGCUUGGAGGUCCUGCCUCCCGCGGAGGAUCAUUCCCGUCUGGCCACUGCCGAAUAUGGCCUGCCAGAGGUGGAUGAGCUGUUAAUGCCCCAGCCGCAGUCCCUGGAUCUUGCAGCUUUGACACAGCUUCUUGGACGUACCCCUUCGAGUGGCGAACCCCUCAGAGGGCACCGACCCGCAUCUCCCUUAUUGUUGGUCCUAGUUGGAGAUGAGCCGCCGGCAGAAGCGCCGUCGCAUGUGUGGCAGGUGUCUCCAGCCGGCUUCGAGCGGCUCCAUGCGAGUGGUUGCCAGGAGUUUGUGGAGCUUACCCCGCACUUCCCGCUACGCGGGUGCCGGUUGUUCUGCGUGGCAUAUCGGCUUUCACUGCCUGUGAUCACGGGCAGCGUCUACCAGAAGUUCUACACACAGUUUGUCCAUGCUCGCUGCACAGUUUGCAAGACGUCAUCUUCCAUCCCAACGCUUUGCUUGCUUUGCGGCAAGUUUCUAUGCUGCAACUCCGAGUGCUGCAGACAGGAAGGAGACGGCGGCCAGAUCGGGGAAGUAACGCAGCAUGCGCAGGUGUGUGGCUUUGGAACCUGUGUUUUCCUCCAGCUUUCCAAUUCGCUGGUGCACAUUGUGACAGAUGGAUUCAUCACGUGCUGGGGAUCCCUUUACUUAGAUGGGCACGGUGAAGAGGAGUACACCCUCUCCAGACCGCUGCAUAUCUCCGAAGUCAGGCUGCAGCAGCUGACACAGUUGGUACGGGAGGUGGCCUUUGACUUUGAGUCCCGUUUGAAGUGGAAGAAGGUCAUCUUCGUGUGAUCGCAUCAGCGUCGCUGGUGCACUUCCGUGAGCAUUUUGACCUGGGUCGGGGCUUGAAGGAGCA